UUCUAGAAAAUUUAUACCUAUAAAUUUUUAUUUAUCUGAUAUUUUUUGAUAAAAAUAUGCUGAUAAAAACUUAAUUCAACUGGUGUCUCUAGCCUUCGUAGCCGUGCCAUAACAUAUCCGGUCCUUUCUGAUAACAGAAAUGAACUAAACACAUAAGUAUAUAUACUUGUGAUGUCGAUGCUAGAAUUUUGAUUCGACUAACAAACCGAAGCGGUGACAACAACUAAUGGCUGUGCGACCAAUCAAUUCCAUAAGAAUAUGGGGAUGGUUGUCGUGCAAAACUUCUUGAUUCAUAGAACUCCAUAGUGUGUUACCGCAUCCACAUGGGAUGCAGGAAACACCAGAAAGUCUCUGUAUCUCCGAAAUCGGAUACCUUAUGACUUGUGAACCAUGAAAUUACUCAACCUAUUUGAGACAAAAAAGGGACUAACAGGGAAAUGGUUUCUAUCACCGUUCCGUAUGAGGAUAUAAUGAUGAGUAUUAAGCGAUGCUUUGACAAGGCUUUGCAGGCUCUUUCAUAAAACAGCUAGAGGACUAGGAUGGGGCAAAAAUUCUUGGCAGUCUGUUUAAUCUAACAAAACAAUGUUGAGAUCUUAUGUUUAUAACUUUGCUGACUUCCUUUUAUGCUCUAGAACAAUCAAAUUCAGAAUUGCAGCUCCCUUUCAUGCAUAGGAAUUACAUUCUCAUACUGCUAAUAUCAAAAAAAUCUUCAAAUGCCACAUUUUGUAGCUGUUGGUGACUUUCAAGAUCUUUCAAAUGCGUUAUCCUGUUUUACUAGGUGAAACAAUACUGGUUUCCAAGAUUAUCAACCAGAUAGCUAUAAUCUGGUAAGAGCAUAAAAUUUCUUGAAGAAACUGUAUGUAUUGGCACUCCUCAUACCAUAUCUAGUUAGACAGCAACCUAUUAAAAUAGCAAAAUUUGCCUUACAGCGCAAGUUGCUUGAAACAUCAAUUUUAGAUUUCUGUUAAUUUUGCAGCCUGAAACUGAAUCUUCUUAUUCUCUAAUAUAUUUAGUGAGUUUGUCAUCUAUUGACUUGUCCAGGUUGCAUCAUAUUAUGGUUGGCCUGUCUCUACCACUCACUGUAUAAUAGGAUCAAUGGUUGGGUUUGGUCUUGUCUAUGGGGGACGUGGUGCUGUCUUCUGGAGUUCUCUGGCAAGGGUGGCUUCAUCGUGGGUGAUCUCACCAUUAAUGGGAGCAAUGGUGUCAUUUCUCGUGUACAAAUUCAUCCGCAGGUUUGUGUACAGCGCUCCAAAUCCAGGACAAGCUGCGGCUGCAGCCGCACCAUUUGCUGUCUUUUUGGGUGUAACUGGAAUCUCUUUCGCAGCCUUUCCUCUAAGCGAGAUCUUUCCUUUGGCUCUAGCACUGGCUUUAGCCUGUGGUGCUGCUGGUGCUAUCCUAGUUGACAGAAUUAUCCGAAAAAAGCUUGGCCAUCUCCUGGUGAAAGCUAGUUCGACACAACCCGAGCCAAAAGAGAACGCUAUACACAGUAAAAAUAUUGGGCUUCUCUCUGAUUUCGCAGGACCAAAGGGUACCCAGUUGGAAAUAGUUUAUGGAGUUUUCGGAUACAUGCAGAUCCUCUCAGCCUGCUUCAUGUCAUUUGCACACGGCGGAAAUGAUGUUUCCAAUGCAAUAGGUCCUUUGGCUGCUGCAUUAUCUAUUCUGCAUGGGGGUGCCAGUGGAACAGAUAUUGUAAUUCCAUUAGAUGUUCUAGCAUGGGGAGGAUUUGGUAUAGUUGCAGGGCUAAUGAUGUGGGGAUACAGAGUGAUAGCAACAAUUGGGAAGAAGAUAACCGAACUUACGCCAACUAGAGGAUUUGCGGCUGAGUUUGCUGCGGCUUCUGUGGUUCUAGUUGCAUCGAAGCUGGGACUGCCCAUCUCUGCAACCCAUACUUUGGUGGGAGCAGUAAUGGGGGUAGGUUUUGCAAGGGGGCUGAACAGCGUUAGAGCGGAAACCGUGAGAGAGAUUGUGGUUUCAUGGGCUGUGACAAUUCCAGCAGGUGCUAUCUUUGCAGUUUUCUACACAUGGAUCUUGACCAAGCUGUUGUCUUACAUAUUGUGAGUAUAAAUUUACAAGAUCAAAAUGAAAAAGCUUGAUGUAUGUGAUUAAUCAAAAUCAUUCAUCUCUUAAAAGAAUUCGUGUUAUUAAGCCGUCUUUUUGA